AGAAGAUGCCUGGUUGCGCCGGAAGGUAGCGCCGGGCUUAGGGACAGGUGUCUCGUCAAACCCUUAACCAACCAACCAACCAACCAGAUCUUUUUCCCCCUGGAGUGGCUCCUUUCCCAGGAGGUGCUUCCCCUCGAGGUCAGCAAACGCUUUUACCCAGCGAGGUGCCAAGCACAUUCCAUGCAUUUUGAUCUGGUUUCAAGGCUGUCUGUCUGUCGGUGUGCACACAGGCCAGGCCAUCCGAGGAGUGUGGAGAGAACCCCAGGAGUAGUACAGUACGGUGUGCUGUCGAGAUCUGCACGCAGUGA